CAGAUUUGUUAAAGAAAAUAUUUUCAUACUUCCUGUGACAGUGAAUUGAAUUAUUACCAUAAUACAAUUUAGACAAGAUUUCCGCGGUCGGGAAGACGGGAUUUCACGCGAACAAUCUUUUUGGGACCUCUCAAAAAAAUCUAGCGAACUGUCGUGCACACGUUGCCACGCAUUCUUUCAUUGCUGCAUGACUCAGAAGCUCUACACAUAUGGAGCAAAAGCUUGCGGAGUUCAGGGCCCGAAGAAGGGCUGAUGUGGCCGCUAGGAAGAGCGAAUCUUUUCAAAAACAACCAAUAACAUAUUCGGACAAUGGCAGCACUUUUAAGUCGGACAGUUGCCAGUCAUCAACAGCUGAUCCAGACACACAGGAGUUGACAGAUAAUCCAAUCUCUGCUGUCCAUCAGGCUAUAAGGACUAAACAUUGGGGGGAUGACUGGCUGCUGGAGAGCACUCUGGGUCAAUGGCUUGGUUCAAAGCGACUGGCUUUCACGAAUCUGACUUUGCUGAAGGUGUUGCUUUGGCUGGUUCUACUUGGGCUGUUUGCCGAGCUGGAAUUCGGGUUGCCUUUCUUCCUAAUCUCCCUCUUCUACUGGCUGUAUGAGGGGCUGCGGAGCCCAACUGCACGCCAACCUGGAGAAAUGAGUGCUUACUCAGUGUUCAACCCAGACUGUCAGCCUCUCCUGGGUGCACUUACAGCUGAGCAGCUAGAGGGAGAGAUGGGCUACAGACCACUGGCCAACAGAUGAAACCCCUCAAGACACUCAAACAACUGACUUUAAUCUGAAAUGGAAUAGCUACUGUACUUUAAGCUUCCCAUUGUACUAAAAAGGAACUGGCAAUGUAUUUCUUUGAAUGAAGCACAUUGCUGGUAUUGAUUUUGAAGUCAAAUGGAGCCUAUUCCAUACUACAAGAUCAUUCACCACUAGUGCACAUUGAUGAUGCUGGAAAAGCACCAUCCGCUUGUAAAAUUGUAUUACUGUACUAGGACCUGUUCUUUACUAUUUUGGUCUUAAAACAUGUAAUAGUCAUCUGUAUGCAGAUGACACUUUUGUAUGCCAUUGCAAACUGUUGACCAGGCUAGAGCUGCAAUGUGAUUUUGAUGCCUUAUAGAAAGCCCUGGUUGGUUUAAAACUUGUACUUAAUGUGGGCAAGACUAAAUAUGUGUUCUCUAAUUCUAGCAAAAAAAAUUCAGAUGAACUACAUAUUUAUUCAUUGGAUUGUUCUCCUAUUGAUCCGGUUCCUGCCUAUAAAUAUCUGGGCAUUCGGAUUGACAAAGAUCUAAUGUAAAAAAAAAA